CCAUUAGUGACCCUUUUGACUGUCUAAUGUCCAUAUGUUUAUUGCUAUCUUUAUGUCCGGAUGAUUUUGUCUCGAAAUUACAUGAAGUAAAUAACAAUUUUCUUUACACAGAUAUUUUGAGUAUAAUGCAGAUGUUUCAAAUUUACGGGACUACAGCAGUGCAUUACUCCGCAUGAAACAGGCUCGGGAAAGAAUUCGAGAAUUUGAACGAUUGCAAAGAGCACGACACCUUCUGGACGCCAUUUCAUUAGUAAACGAUUUGCUUGCCGAUGGUUCCGAGAUAGAAAUACUGUCGCUCGCUGGAAUUAUAGUGAGGAGAUUAAAUAAAUUAGGCGUGACAAAUGUAACGGCAGAUAAGGAAAACGAAUAUUGGUACAAAGAUACGAGAUUAUCAGCUUUAAGACUUACACACAGCGGCAUUUAUCACUGUUGCACAUUCUGCUCUAGUGGUGGAAGAAAGGAGAUAAGUUGUGGCUGUAGAGGCACUAUGCUUGGUGGAUACAAAGGUUGUGGCCAUGGACAUAUCGGACAUCCAGGCUUUAAUCAUUGGUCUUGCUGUGGAUCUAUAUUACGUAAUGGACGUUGCUUAAUUAUACGAAAAACUAAGCAUCAUCUUAUAUUGUGAGUCUUAAUAAAUUAAUAAAUAUAUCUUUUGUGUA